AUCGCAAAUAACUGAACGGACUGUGCAAUCUGUCUGAAAGUGUUUUUCCAGGUUAAACUUGGACCAGUCAGUCUGCUGGGAGCGUUAGUCCGCUACAUGCUUGAAGAAUCACGGGCAUUUUGAGGGACAGAUAGGUUUUGGUGAAGUUUGGAUACUGUUAGAUACGCGGACGUUUUGGUCAAAGUGGAUCUGCCACUGUGGCCUAGGACUGCCUGAAAUAACCUGGGACACACUGUUUCACAGAGUGCUGCUCAUCUUGUUCUGAGAAGAAAUGUGGCGCAAAAUCUCCCUGCUGAUUUUAUGUUGUGCGCUAAAUGGGCUCGACGCUCUAGAGGCGGGCGGAAGCGCGGAGCCCUUGAAGGAGAAGCUCCUGACCGAAGCGGCUGAGCUCGAUAAACCGGACAAGGAUGCUCCCUCCGCGGCUAAAGGCGGUCCCCAAGGAGGAGAGCAGCAGUCUCCUGCUGUAGGUGCGGAGGGGACAGUUCAGCAGUCCACCGAGCCUCUGGAGGCUGAGGAGAGCAUCAUUAGCCAGUUGCUGGGUGAUUAUGAUAAAGUGAAGACUGUGUCGUCAGGGUCCGACUGCGUGUGUCGCUGCAUCGUUCGACCUAUCAAACGCUCUGACUGCAGCCGUGUCCAUGACAGCGACACAGCAUCAUUGUCUCAAGAUUUUUACACCGUGGAGACGGUUACCAAGGGGACGGACUGCAAGAAGUGUGUGUGUAUGGCUCCACCUUCAGCUGUCAACCCCUGUGAGGGAGAAUACAGGUUUAAAAAACUACAGGAGGCCGGCAAGGAUAACAUCAAGCUGGCAACUAUCAUGGACCUGUUGGAAGGCUCUCUGUAUGGAAUGGACUUGUUAAAACUCCACUCUGUCACUACCAAACUGCUGACCAAGAUAGACAACAUGGAGAAAGCCUUUGCCCAUAAUUUUACAAGGAGGACAAGAGAGAAAGAAUGUGUGAAGGAGAAACCAAAAGAAAAGGAGAAAGAGAAGAAGACCCAGCAGAAAAAAACCAAAGUGAAUGAUCUGGAACGUGCAGGACAGAAAAGUGGAGCACCUGCCUACGCGAACAAGGAGAAGAAUUCUGACCGUCCACUGAAGAAGAACCAACAGCAAGAUGGUCUGGAACAACAACAGCCAUCCAGGAAUAAGACAGGAAGUCAAAAGCCAAUCAAAGAGAAGACAGAGCCAAGGCAGCCAAUCAAAGAGAAGACAGAGCCAAGGCAGCCAAUCAAAGACAAGAAACGCAUGGUCAUCAGGGGCGUGACCUUUUACAAGGCAGUGGAGGAGAGCCAUAAGGAGAAUGAGAGAGGGACAGGAAAGAAUGCUACUCUACCUGCCAGUACUUUAGUGGAUCUACUGAUCUCUGAGCAGUUCUCAACUGCUAGGACUGUCCCUAACCAGAAUCCAAGACCUGCACGUACUGUUAGCAAUGAACCAGACUACAAGGAUCUGUCAAGGAGACUAAGCAGUCCUGCACCCACCCAGCAGCCAACAGCUUCCCCCACCACCACCACCACUCACCAAAUCACAACCACAGCCAACCCAGCUCCCUUCGCCAUAAAACCAAAGAGUGAAUUAACUACUACAACAACUCCAAAACCAACGACAACCAAACUGACAACUACGUCCCAGCAAACUACGACUGCUAGAAUUCAGCCUACCACCCCUGUCACUCAGCAUACCACCACCGGUAUAGCUCCACCCAUAAAUACAUCUCCCACAGCCGAGUCUCGGCCGGGACAAAAAAGUCGACUCAGCUGGACAGAGAGCUUGGCUGACCAACCAAGGCCCACCAAAAGAUCUGCAGUGUGCAAGGACACAGUAGCCAGCAUCUCCGAACCGCUCCAGCAGAACUCUUAUGGUCUGAGUGACGGAGCCUGGAUGAGAGAUGCUCGUGGCCAUGGUAGCGUCAUCUACCUAACCAUUGGACACUAUGGCAACAACCUCCUUGAGUUCCGAGACAUGGACGCUUUCAAAUCAGGUCAGAGGCAUAGUUCGUACAAGUUGCCCUACAGCUUCACUGGAACAGGCCACGUUGUUUAUAACGGGGCUUUCUACUACAAUCGUGCAUUCAGCAGGGACAUCAUCAGAUAUGACCUGAGACACCGAUAUGUUGCUGCCUGGACCACACUGGACGAUGCUUUACUGGAGGAGCAAACUCAAAGGACACAAACCGAAGUGGAGUUUGCGGUGGACGAGUCGGGCCUGUGGUUACUCUACCCUGCUCUGGACACAGAGGGCUUCCACCAGGAAGUCAUCCUGCUCACCCACCUGCGUCCCCAAGACCUUCAGCCGGUACGCAGUUUUCGCACAGGCCUCCGACGUGGUCUCUACGGAAACAGCUUCCUUGUUUGUGGCGUGCUUUACGCUGUGGACAGUAUGACGCGUCGCUACGCCAAUGUGACAUACGCCUUUGACACACACACACUCACACACACCGUGCCAAGCCUGGCAUUCACGAACAUGUACGAGCACACCUCCCAGCUGGCUUACUGUCCCCUGGAUAAGAAACUGUACGCAUGGGACAAUGGACAGCAGAUGAUGUAUGAUCUUAUCUUUGCUUAUUAGUAGAAGUAAUGGAAGAAAUGAUGGUUUGACAGCAGCAAUGGGUCAGAACAAAGCCGAGGACAGAAAAAACAAGAAAACUGAAUGUGACCAGUGUUUUGUGAUUAACUGACUGUGGGUUCACUCUAACUGAAUCUGUUUUAGUACUGACCUCAGCUGCUGCACUACCAUACUCACACACACCAACAUCAGUAUUAACCAGCCAUCUAUAAUCCACACUUUGGUUACCUCAUAUUUUCUUGUUUUGUUUUGUUUAGGUUUUUUUGGGGUGGCGGGUACUGGUUCCAUCUUCUGGUAUCACAGUUUUUUUGUUUUUUGUCUUGUUUUGCGGUUUCUACUUUUUUAGUUUCAUUACACCCCUAUUUGUCACACCAAGUUCAACAAGGUAAUCUUUGAUUGAUUUAAUAAAAAGAAAAGGGACUAUAUGGAACCUGAAAUAUACCAUGAGGAACAUUUCAUUUCAGCCAGAGGAGAUGAAUCUUUUUUUGUCAAGAAGGUGGAGAUGUGAAUGUCAGAUCACUUACACAAAUCAGCCGAAUUAAUGUCUGCUUGUGUCUACUUUUGUGUUAUGUUAUUUUCUAAACUAAACGCUAUUACUCAUUUUACGUUAUGCAUCACUUGAAGAGCAGUAGUGUUUAUGCUGUAAGACUUAAAAUGAACAAAACCACUUUGGUUUUUGCUUUUAGCCUUCUAUGAGGCACUCGUUACACUUCGAUCACAUAAGACCGCCUUCAGUUAUGAUGCUCUUACCAGCUCACUUAAACUUUAUUUUAUGAUCACCUGUACCUUAAUGGUACAGAGCAGUGCUUACCUCACAAAGAGAAGUCACAAAACAAGUGGAAAUAAAGUCAAACCCCAAGGGCCAUAAUUAAUGAACUGAAAUAAAUGUAUAUACAUUUCUUCAAAUGGCACUUUUCCUCAGAUUUAUGAAAAACCUUGUAAAGCUGUUCCUCUGCAUAUUAACACUGGUGGAGAAACCACUGUGGAGCAAGCUCAGCAGUUCACUUCCAUAUUUAACCGUACAUCAGUGGUUUGAGAAAAGCCAGUAGCUAUUCGGUUAAUCUCAUUCUUCCAGAAAAUCUGCAUUUAAGUAGAUUAAACAAACCUUAUUUUGCAAAAAUAAUUCUUAAUGCAGAGAAAACUUUCCACCAGUAUACACAGAGCAGGCUUUGGUUUCUGUAAUGACCCUCGGUGAGUUCAGUACUUGGAAAUAGAAGUCAU